AUGCCGACGCGCGUCGUGCUUUGCGGCGUGCCCGCCUUGGAGAAGGCCACGUCUGGCCACGUGGAGGCGUGCGAGUGGCGGAUACCCCAGCAGGGGGCGGCCGCCGUGCACGCCCUGGGCCUGAAGCGGCGCCUCCUCGUCUCCAAGGAGUUCAUGGCGGAGCUGCUGAGGAGAAGGGAGACGCAGCUCGACGACGUGAGGCGGGCGGCGGCCUCGGGCCAGGUGCGGGGCCUCGAGGCGCUGGUGCGCGAGCCGGGCCAGGACGGCCUGCGCCCGGGCAGCCUCAUCGUCGCGUUCGAGGGCGACGGGCGGGUCGGAGGCUCGCUGGCCGUGGCCGCGGAGCUGUCAGACGACGCGCUGGAGAUGUGCGUGGGCAGCACCUCGGACGCCGCGGCCCUCCUCGAGGAGCUCGAGGGGCAGCCGCAGCUCGAGGAGCUCCUGCGCGCGCCCGCCGCCGCGGCCGAGCCGGAGGGCGACGCGGACCUCCCCGCCGAGGACGGCGCGGAGCCGCACGCGGCCUCGCCCCACGAGCCCGACGCAUGA